AUGAUUAUGUUUCCUCAUUUGGGGAAAAUUUCUCUGGGUAUUUUGAUAUUUGUCGUGAUAGAAGGAAACCUUACAUCAUUAACAGCACAAACCUACAUGUCUUUACAAGAUAUCCAAGAACCCAAGAGUGCAGUUUCUUUUUUCCUGACUGACUCAGAAUCCACAGACACUUCUCCUUCUACUGAAAGGAAACUACCUCUGGACCACAGAGAAACUGAGAAACAGUGGUUGCUGAGAAGAAGGCGAUCUAUUCUGUUUCCUAAUGGUGUGAAAACCUGUCCGGGUGAAAGUGUGACCGAGGUUGUGGCAAGCCAUGUGAAAUAUUUUAAAGUACGAGUAUGUCAGGAAGCUGUUUGGGAAGCCUUCAGGACAUUUUGGGAUCGACUGCCUGGGCGUGAGGAAUAUCAUUACUGGAUGAAUUUGUGUGAGGAUGGAACCACAACUAUAUUUGACAUGGGCACAAAUUUUAGUCAGUCCGUGGAACAUAAAAGUUUAAUUAUGAAGAAACUGACAUCUACCAAGGAAACUGUAAGCAGCCCUGAAUUAUCAUCUCUGUUUCCUGUUGGUGAUACCUCAACAUCGGGAGGUGCUGUUCUCAGUGCUCCAUAUCCAGAGGUGACUACCUCUGAAGGUACCUCAGAGAGCAGCAAGGAGAGGCCUGAGGAGAGUAUUAGCAAUGAAAUUGAGAAUGUGAUAGAAGAAUCCACAAAACCAGCAACUGAGCAGAUUGCAGAAUUCAGUAUACACCUUCUGGGAGAGCAAUACAGGGAAGAACUACAGGAUCCUUCCAACUUGCACCACCAGCACCUUGCGGAAGAGUUUAUUUCAGAGGUUGAAAAUGCAUUUACUGGGUUACCAGGCUAUAAGGACAUUCGUGUACUUGACUUUAGGUCCCCCAAGGAAAAUGGCAGUGGCAUAGAUGUUCAUUAUGCAGUUACCUUCAAUGGUGAGGCUAUCAGCAAUACUACCUGGGACCUGAUUAGCCUUCAUUCCAACAAGGUGGAAAACCAUGGUCUUGUGGAACUGGAUGAUAAACCCACUGCUGUUUAUGCAAUUAGUAACUUCAGAGAUUAUAUUGCUGAGACACUGCAUCAGAAUUUUUUGAUGGGGAACUCCUCUUUGAAUCCAGAUCCUGACUCCCUUCAGCUUAUCAACGUGAGAGGAGUUUUACUUCCUGAAACUGAAGACCUAGUUUGGAACACCCAAAGCUCAAGUCUUCCGUCAACCCCACCAUCCAUUCUGGAUAAUACCCUUCAAGCUGAAUGGCCCUCAGCAGAUGAAUCUACCACCAGCAGUAUUUCACCACUUGAUUUCAGCUCUGGUCCUCCCUCAACCACUGGCAGGGAACUCUGGUCAGAGAGCCCUUUGGGUGAUUUAGUGUCUACACCCAAAUUAGCCUUUCCCUCGAAGGUGGGCCUCAGUUCUUCCCCAGAGGUUUUAGACGUUAGCAGCUUGACUCUUCAUUCUGUCACCCCAGCAGUGUUUCAGACUGGCUUGCCUGUGGUUUCUAACGAAAGGACUUCUGGAUCUCACCUACUAGAAGAUGGAUUAAUCAAAGUUGAAGGGUCAGAAGAUUUUCUUUCUGUUCAGCCAUUGCCUUCAAGUCCAUUCACUCAGCCAGUGCCAAAGGAAACAAUACCAUCUGUGGAAGAUUCUGGAGUGUCUUUGACAUCCUCACCAUAUCUGACUUCCUCUGUUACUGUAGAUCUUCUUGCUAAAGAAGUAACUAUAUCUUCUGGCUUGGACUUUUUGGCCUCCAAAGACAAAGGCCAAUUAGAAGUGAGCACUUUGAUGUCAGACACAUCCAUAGAAAAAGAGUUUAUAUUUGAAAGUGGUUUAGGCUCAGGGUCUGGGCAAAAGGUAGAUCAGAUUACUUGGCCAUGGAAUGAGACUUCAUUAGAGAAGAGUUCUGAACCACUGUCUAAGUCAUGGCUUGAAGAUCAGGAGUCACUUUUGCCAACUGAGGUUAUAGAUGAGAAAUUAGUUCUAGAUGACAAAAUAGAUUCUACAGGACAAAGUAUUGACUAUUUAAAAUAUGGGCAUUUUGAUAAAUCCACAAAAUUUGCAGAGGAAGAACUCAUUGGUGGGCCUACUGUGCCCAUCUCUGCAGAGACUACAACUCAAUCUGCAUCUCUAGUUCUCUCCAAACAAAUAUCAGAGGUACCUGACAUUGAUUAUUACCCGGUUACCAAACCACCUCUCCUACUGACAUCUAUAGCAACCUCUGCUUCUACUGAUAAACCAGAUCUACCGUUUCUAAAGGAGGAUGUGGAACAAACUACAGAGUCAUCCAACCACGAAUGGUUUGAUAACGAGAUUUCAGUAAUGAAGCCCGACAUGCAACAGUUGGGGACUGUAUUGCCAGAAUCAGAUGUAGUUUGGGCAAGAACUUCUUCCUUAGGGAAAUUGUUCAGAGACACGUUGGCAAGUACACCACAGACUACUGACAAGCUCUGGCUGAAAUCUUCCAUAACACAGUCUACCAAAUUGUCUCCAACCACCAGCUCCACCCUGCUAGAGGAUGAAGUAAUUAUGGGUGUUCAGGAUAUUUCAUUAGAACUGGACCGGAUAGGCACAGAUUACUAUCAGCCUGAGCUAAUCCCAGAGGAAAAUGGCAAGGUUGGUAGUUAUGUGGAAAUAUCUACAAAUGUCCACUCCACAGAGAGGGCUAUUGUGGUACAGCCCACGGAAGGAGGUGACUUGAGUCAUACCCAGACUGCAGGAGCUUUGUUGGUUUUCUUUAGCCUCCGAGUGACAAACAUGAUGUUUUCAGAAGAUCUGUUUAAUAAAAACUCUUUGGAGUAUAAAGCACUGGAACAAAGAUUUUUGGAACUGCUGGUUCCCUAUCUCCAGUCAAAUCUCACAGGAUUCCAGAAUUUAGAAAUCCUGAACUUUAGAAAUGGCAGUAUUGUUGUAAACAGCCGAAUGAAGUUCAUGAAGUCUGUCCCUCUUAAUGUCAACAAUGCUGUAUACAUGAUCCUGGAAGACUUUUGCACCACUGCCUACCAGACCAUGAACUUGGCUAUUGAUAAAUUCUCCCUUGAUGUAGAAUCAGGUGAUCAAGCCAACCUUUGCAAGUUUCAGGCAUGCAAUGAAUUUUCUGAGUGUGUAGUCAACCCCUGGAGUGGAGAAGCAGAGUGUAGAUGCUUCCCUGGGUACCUGAGUGUGGAAGAACUACCUUGUCAGAGUCUCUGUGAUCUACAGCCUGACUUCUGCUUGAAUGAUGGAAAAUGUGACAUUAUGCCUGGACAUGGGGCCAUUUGUCGAUGCCGGGUGGGUGAGAAUUGGUGGUACCGAGGUGAGCACUGUGAGGAGUUUGUGUCUGAGCCCUUGGUCAUAGGCAUCACCAUUGCCUCGGUGGUUGGGCUUGUCCUCGUCUCUUCUGCUUUUGUCUUCUUCUUUGUCAGGACUCUUCAGGCUCAUUAUGAUAGGAGAGAAACAGAGAGUCCUUUUUGUGGUUCCAGCAGGCAGCCCGACAGCCUCUCAUCCAUUGAAAAUGCUGUGAAGUACAAUCCUGUGUAUGAAAGCCAUGUGGCUGGACCCGAGCAGUAUGAGGGACCCUAUCCUCAGCACCCCUUCUCUAGUUUUGCAGAUGGAGAGAUGAUUGGUGGUCUGAGCAGGGAAGAAAUCCAGCAAAUGUAUGAGACCAGUGGGCUUUCCAGUGAGGAAAUUCAAGAAAGAAUGAGAAUUCUGGAACUGUAUGCCAGUGAUCCUGAGUUUGUAGCUUUCGUGAGAGAACAUCAAAUGGAAGAGCUUUAAUCAAAACUUCUAUUUUGAAACUGAUUAGAAGCCUAGAGAAGAUGGAGAUCCCUUGCUACCUCUGUCAUAUAAUUAACCUGGAUUUUGAACUCUGUUGGAAGAAGAAUUUUCUAUUUAAAAAAUUAAGUUUGGGGACCGAAUUUUUUUUUCCAGCUUAAAAUUUCAGAAUAUAGUAAGAAAUGUGGCAAUUUUUAUACCUACAAAGACCAAAAGUUGUAUUUAAAGAAACUGAAAACUGUAUGAGUUCUGGGAAGUAUUCUACAAGGAAAAAAAUGACCUGAGAAUUGGGGCUGGAUUUGGGGUCUGUUUCUGAAUCUCUGAAGGUGUGUCUCAGAAACAGUGGUUCAGGUUUCCUUGGAGGAAAAUAAGGCAAGACUCUUUCAGGAGAAGGCAGGUUUAGUAAGUGAAUAUUUGGUAGCAUGUUUGUUAUUGUUAGAAUAUUGUGGAAUGAGAAGCCUUUGAAUUAGUUUUAUAAAGUUUGUAGUCAGACACUCAUUUAAAUAAAAAACAUUAAGUAUUUUUGGCAGUUAGACUGCUGAAGGAAAAACAACAUUUUUGCAAUAGUAUAGAAUUAGGCUUGUACUUUUUCUACCAGAGUUUUGAAUUUCCUCAGCAUGUGAAUCAAGACCACAUUAUUGUUAAGUAUGUCAGUAUCCUAUUUUUUUUUUUUUUGGUUGUCAAGGCCAAUACAUAUGUAUAGUGUUUAAUGGGUUCUUGUUAGACUGCAGAUGAACUUAAUCAUAUGGACAGGGAGGGAGUGGGCAUUGGUCAAAAUCAUGGCACUGAGAAUAUACUUUGCUCAUUGGUGGGUGGACUAAGUCGAACUAAUGGGCUCCUUGACUCUUCUUCUACUAUCUCAUGUUGUCCUAGGCAAGUCCUGGAUUUUUCUAGUUCCUGGUGUAUUAAUUGGGAAAGCAGCACUAACUACCUCACAUAGUAUAGGUUAGCUUUACAUUGCUUUUUCUUAUGUAAUAAUUUGUGUCUAAAUUCAUUCCUGCUUACAUGAAAUAUGACAGGACUUUUACUGCAAUUAAAAUUUUUAAAAUUAUAUAGGUAGGAAACAUCCACAUAUUAUAUAAAUCUUAAUUGAAAAUUGAAGUUUUCCUCUUUCUCUCUAGUAAAUUUUCGAGUGGGUAGCUUUGGAGGGUGCAAGGA